CAAAGAACACAGAAACACAUACAUACGCAUACUAUUACACGUACUCGCGUCAAGCAUAAAAAUUGUCAAUUGAUUUGUGCUGCAUACGAAAAUUAAAUUUCAAGUGAUUGUUCCGCCUUGUCGGAUUGGCUGGCGUGUUGCAAACGUGUGCAAGUGAAAAGCAAAUACAUUAGAGUUAGAUUUAACGGCAAUUGUAGGCGCUAAUUAGUUGAUAGCGCCUCGUCAACUGCGCAAAUGGCCCAUUGCCACAGCCAGGUGGUAGCAGUAGUCGUCGAACAGUAGUGCAAUCAAAAGACAAGACGCGAUGGAUGAUUUAUCGCAGGGCGACAUCUGUCGCGUCUGUCGCUGCGAGGCAACAGCAGAUCGUCCACUCUUCUAUCCCUGCAUCUGCACGGGCAGCAUUAAGUACAUACAUCAAGACUGCCUCAUGCUCUGGAUGCGCUACUCGCACAAGGAAUACUGCGAACUAUGUGGCCAUCGAUUCAGUUUUCAACCCAUCUAUGCACCCGACAUGCCACGCGUCUUACCGCUACGCGAUGUGCUCGUCGGGCUGAUGUCAGCGGUGCUAGCGGGCGCCCGCUGUUGGCUGCACUACUCCCUCGUAGGCAUGGCUUGGUUUGGUAUUGUGCCGCUCUCCGCCUAUCGCACCUAUCGCUAUCUGUUUCGAGCUAGCUCCUUUGACAUGAUACUCUCGUUGCCAUUUGACAUUUUUUCCAUGGAGAAUCUAGCGGCUGAUGCGUUUCGCGGUUGCUUUGUAGUCACUUGUACGCUACUGUCUUUCAUUGGACUGGUUUGGCUUCGCGAGCAAAUAUUGCAUGGCGGCGGACCCGAUUGGUUGGAGCGUGAAGAAGCACCCGCACCAGUAGCCCCUGCUGCAGUUGUGGCCGAUGCAGCACAGGAUGACAACAACAAUGGUGAGGCACCGCAAGAUGUGCCAAUGAACAAUGCCGAGCCGGCAGUGGCCAAUCCUGCUGAUAACGAAGGUGAUGCAGCCCCAGCCGCAGCUGCACCUGCUCCUGCUGCUGCCGAAGCGGACAACGAUGAAGCGAAUUGGAAUCCUAUGGAGUGGGAUCGCGCCGCAGAGGAGCUGACUUGGGAACGUUUGCUAGGCCUAGAUGGAUCUCUGGUUUUCUUGGAGCAUGUUUUCUGGGUAAUUUCAUUGAACACCAUGUUCAUAUUUACCUUUGCUUUCUGCCCUUACUGCGUGGGCAACUUCAUACUCAGCUCGAUGGAUCUGCUGCAGCCGGAAAAGCCCUUGCUACAUUUCCAUGGACUGAUCACAACACUCUUUGGUUACUGCUGCAUUGGACUUACGCUGGUGGUGCUACAUUUCUUUGCUCGCGUCUUUCGUCUGCGUCGCAUCUGCUGGUUCCUGGGUCUCUGCUACAUUGUGGUAAAGGUAUCGCUGCUAUCGGUGGUGGAGAUUGGCGUGUUGCCGCUGAUCUGCGGCUGGUGGCUGGACAUUUGCUCGUUGCCGCUGCUUGAUGCCAGCUUAAAGGAUCGCAAGGCCAGCUUCAAGGCUGCCCCAGGAACGUCGCUCUUUGUGCAUUGGAUGUUUGGCAUGGUCUAUGUGUAUUACUUUGCCGCCUUCAUAUCGCUGCUGCGUGAAGUGUUGCGUCCGGGCGUGCUUUGGAUAUUCCGUAAUGUCAACGAUCCGGACUUCAGUCCCAUACAGGAAAUGAUUCAUGUGCCGAUUGUCAGACAUGUGCGACGUUUGGUAGCUUCAGCCAUGAUCUUUGGCUUUGCAGUGCUGCUCAUGCUCUGGCUGCCCAUACGCAUCUUGCAGUUCAUGUUGCCCAACUUCUUGCCCUACUCGCUCAGCGGUGACUCUGAGGUCAAUGACCUCAGCUUGCAGCUGUUGCUGCUGCAGAUUGUGCUGCCCGGCUUCUUUGAACAAACCCAGACGCGCAUCUGGCUCAAGAAAGUGCUGCGCGUAUGGUGCAAGAGCGUGGCCUGGAUGCUUGGCAUACGCAGCUAUUUGUUGCCAGCAGCCGAACCAGCAGCUGCUGAUGAACCAGAACAAGCUGCUGCUGCUGCUGCAGAUGCUGCGGCUCCGGCUGUUCAACCUGGAGCUGAUGUUCCAGUUGCUGCGGCACCGCCAGCGCCACCACCACCGCCGCCAGCACCAGAGCCAGCUCCACCACGUAAUCUGGCUGCCGCCCAUCAAGCCAUUAUGCAGCGCGAUGUACCAGUUGGCUUCCAGCCCUAUGAGCGCCCCACGUUGUUUGCAUUCCGCCUGUGUGCACUGUUGCUGCUCAUGUGCUGCUCCAUUAUUUGUGCCGCCAUGCUAAUGCUCACCGUGCCCGUUUCCAUAGGCCGCCGCGUCAUGAUGCUCUGGACAGGACAGCCCGGCGAUAAGGUAGAGCCGCCAGUGGCCAUAGAUGCACCCUUACUAGAUGCUGAAGCUACGCGCAAGAACGAGCGUUUGCUGCGUCCUCAUGAACUCUACACUGCGGAGAUCGGCGGCUAUCUGUGCUGGAUUUUGUUGCGUGGCAUCGCUGUGGUGGUGACAUUGCUGCCCCAAGGACGCGCUGCGAUUGUCAAGAAGCUGAAGCAUUGGGCCAAGGUGGCGCUGCAGUAUGCGCUGCCCGUUGUAACGCUGCUGGGCAUAUUUGUGCUGGUGCCACUGAUGUUUGGACUGCUGCUGGAGCUGGUGGUCGUCAUACCGCUGCGUGUGCCCAUGCGCAAGAUGCCCAUACACUUUCUCUGGCAGGAUUGGGCACUGGGUGUGCUAUAUACAAAGAUUGCCAUAGCUCUGACGUUAAUGGGACCGGACUGGCAUUUAAAACGUGCACUGGAGCGCGCCUAUACGGACGGACUGCGUGAUUUUGAUUUUAAAUUCGUAAUGAGCGAUCUGGCAGUGCCGGUGGUGACCACAUUUGGCAUGGCCUUGGCCGUGCCAUAUGUGAUUGCGCACUCGCUGUUUCCAAUAUUUGUGGAUGAUCGCUAUCAUCUGUUGUACAUUUCGAAACUGGUUUAUCCGAUCAGUUUCAUAGUCGUGGGCAGUGUUUGCUUUGUGCUCUUCCAGGUGAAGCAACUAAAGAAGCUGUACUUGUCCAUUAAGGUGGACAAAUAUCUGGUGGGUCAGCGGCUGGUCAACUAUGAGCAUCGCAAGAAGCAGCAGGCCCAGCAAGCAGCCGCCGCCCAAGAGUUAAAAGCACGCCAAGAGGCGGAGGAGGCACAGCAGGCGCAAGACAAUGCCCAAGAGCAGCAGGAGCCAUUAAUUAAUCUGGCAGAGCAGGCGGCACUGAAUGCACGACGACGUCGCGAUCUUCUGCCACGCCCACUCUUAGGGGAUGCGAACGAGGAGUUGCUCUAGCUCCGACGUUACCUUUUUUUUCUAUUAAUGUUUAUUUUGGAGUGGAUCCUAAUGUAUCUCUUCAUGCUCCUCAUGUUUGGGAAGCGUCAAGCCAUGCCGGAGGAGUAACACACUUAACGCCCACAUGGAAUCGAAACAUCAUAAACACCCGCACAAGCGUAGUAAUUGCAGCUCCCACCGCAUGGGGGCGCUUUAAAUUUUCGAGUUAAAUAAAACUUGUUUUCUUGCUUUAGUUCCACUUUCCACGUUAGCUACAAUUGUUUGUUAAAUCUUUUUGCUUGUAGGCUCUAAAAUUGUACCUAAUUUAAGCAAAUCAGUCUUAACCGUUUAAUAAUUAACAUACGAUUAAAAAGAAAUUCGCUGAUUUAAUAUGUUUAUUGAUAUGCGCAUAUAUAAACAUAAUAUGAUAUUGAUCGGCACGUGUUAGCAAACGCGCUGCUUUGUAAAAAGUUUGAAACGAUAAAAAUAUGAUAAACCUAAAAAUAUAAUAACUAUAUAAAUCAA